UGGAAUGGCAAUCGACUGGCUCCCACAGGCUUCCACCAGUUUCCCAGGGAGCCUCUCCAUCCUCCCCUUGCCCCACAGGUGCUCCUGUCCCGCUGGCUUUGAAGGACCGACCUGUGGGGUGAACAUGGACGACUGUGUGGAGCACGCCUGUGCCAAUGGGGGCGUCUGUGUGGACGGCGUGGGCAGCUACACCUGCCAGUGCCCCCUGCAGUAUGCGGGAAGGGCCUGUGAGCAGCUGGUGGACUUGUGCUCUGCGGACCUGAACCCGUGUCAGCACGAGGCCCGGUGUGUGGCCUCCCCGGAUGGGCCCAGGUGUGAGUGUGCACCAGGUUACACAGGUGACAACUGCAGUGAGAAUCAGGACGACUGCAGGGACCACCGCUGCCAGAAUGGAGGCCAGUGCGUGGAUGAAGUCAACAGCUACUCCUGCCUCUGUGCUGAGGGCUACAGUGGACAGCUCUGUGAGAUCCCUCCCCACCCGCCUGCCUCCAGGAGCCCCUGUGAGGGGACUGAGUGCCAGAACGGGGCCGACUGUGUGGACCAGGGCAGCAGGCCCGUGUGCCAGUGCCUUCCAGGCUUCGGCGGCCCUGAGUGUGAGAAGUUGCUCGGUGUCAACUUUGUGGAUCGGGACACUUACCUGCAGUUCACCGACCUGCAGAACUGGCCUCGGGCCAACAUCACACUGCAGGUCUCCACGGCAGAGGACAACGGGAUCCUGCUGUACAACGGGGACAACGACCACAUUGCAGUUGAGCUGUACCAGGGCCAUGUGCGGGUCAGCUACGACCCCGGAAGCUACCCCAGCUCUGCCAUCUACAGUGCCGAGACCAUCAACGAUGGGCAGUUCCACACCGUUGAGCUGGUGGCCUUUGACCAGAUGGUGAACCUCUCCAUCGAUGGUGGCAGUCCCAUGACCAUGGACAACUUCGGCAAACACUACACGCUCAACAGUGAGGCCCCGCUCUAUGUGGGAGGGAUGCCCGUGGACGUGAACUCGGCCGCCUUCCGUCUGUGGCAGAUCCUCAACGGCACCAGCUUCCACGGGUGCAUCCGAAAUCUGUACAUCAACAAUGAGCUGCAGGACUUCACCAAGACGCAGAUGAAGCCGGGCGUGGUGCCUGGCUGCGAACCCUGCCGCAAGCUCUACUGCCUGCAUGGCAUCUGCCAGCCCAAUGCCACCCCGGGGCCCAUGUGCCACUGCGAGACCGGCUGGGGGGGCCUGCACUGCGACCAGCCAGCAGAUGGCCCCUGCCACGCCCACAAGUGCGUCCAUGGGAAAUGCGUGCCACUCGAUGCGCUCUCCUACAGCUGCCAGUGCCAGGAUGGGUACUCAGGGGCCCUGUGCAACCAGCCUGGGGCACCAGCAGAGCCCUGCGGGGGCCUGCAGUGCCUGCAUGGCCACUGCCAGGCCUCGGCCACCAAGGGGGCACACUGUGUGUGUGACCCUGGCUUUUCAGGCGAGCUGUGUGAGCAAGAGUCCGAGUGCCGGGGGGACCCUGUCCGGGACUUUCACCAGGUCCAGAGGGGCUAUGCCAUCUGCCAGACCACGCGCCCGCUGUCGUGGGUGGAGUGCCGGGGCUCGUGCCCGGGCCAGGGCUGCUGCCAGGGCCUUCGGCUGAAGCGGAGGAAGUUCACCUUUGAGUGCAGCGACGGGACCUCUUUUGCCGAGGACGUGGAGAAGCCCACCAAGUGUGGCUGUGCCCUUUGCGCGUAGCGCCGGGUGUGGACUGGGUGGGGUGAGGGUGGGCGAGGGGGACUCAGCCGGCGGCGGCGGCAGCUGGGCCGGGGGGGCAGGCCAUCGCCAGGACGGCUCCUGGCAGCUGGGCCCUCUUGGGUAGAUGGUGCCAGAGCAGCCUUUGGAAAGCAACUUGCGCCGCAGCUGGGGACAGAAGGGUGGGCGAGGCCCGAGCUGCGGGCUGCCCUCUCCGGAAGUGCCUUUCACAAAGAGGCGCUUAAUAAAUAUUUGUUGGAUGAA